AUGACUUCCACUCCAUCCAUCCUUUUAACCGUCUUACUGGUUUCACUUCUCACUCCUUCCUCCGCCACAAAGCGCCACGUCAUCGACUUCCGAUCACCAGGCCUCUACCCGGAGGGACUAACCUGGGAUCCAUCGGGCCAGCACUUCGUAGUUGGUUCUCUCCACAGCCGCACAAUCCACUCCGUCUCCGACGCCGGCGUCGUACAAACAAUAAUCUCCGAUCCUUAUCUACCGGAAAACGCUACAAUCCUCGGCCUCGCCGUUGACUCCAGUAAGCGCCGUCUCCUCGCCGGAAUCCAUUGCGCGCCGCCUCUCCUUCCUUGCAGUGCCCUAGCGGCCUACGAUCUCCGCAGCGGCGGCCGUCGAAUCUUCCUAUCUCCACUACCGUCUCUCGACAGCGAAGACACCGUCCGGGACAUCGCGAAUGACGUGGCGGUGGAUUACGAGGGAAACGCUUACGUCACCAACUCAGCCAAAAACUUUAUCUGGAAAGUGGACCGUGACGGCGUAGCAUCGGUCUUCUCCACAUCGCCGUUGUUUAGCUCGCAGCCGGUGGCGGCAGACGCGGACGCUAGCUUCCGCGAUUGCGGCUUGAACGGGAUCGUGUACAACAGCAAAGGUUACCUCUUGGUGGUGCAGAGCAACACAGGGAAGAUGUUUAAGGUCGACGAAGAGACCGGGACGGCGAGGCUUGUGUUGCUGAAUAGAGAUUUGGUUGCGGCGGAUGGGAUGGCGAGGAGGCGGAGAGACGGGACGGUUGUGGUGGUGUCGCAGAAGAAGAUUUGGUUUCUUAAGAGCCAGGAUAGCUGGGGUGAAGGAGUGGUUUAUGACGAAGUUGAACUCGACGUGGAGGGGUUCGCCACGGCGGUGACGGUGGCGGGGGAGGAUAGGGUGUAUGUGUUGUAUGGGAGAGUGAUGGAGGGUAUUAUGGGAAGUUAUAAAGAUGGAGAAGCGAGGGAGUGGUUUGAGAUAGAAGAGGUUUUGUCGGAGAAAGAAGGUGGGUAUGAUAAGGUUUGGGUUUAUGUGUUGGUCGGACUUGGUUUCACUUACUUUUGUUUCUGGAGGUUUCAGAUGAAGAAGCUCAUCACCAACAUGGACAAGAAGAUCACUUAAAAAGCUUUUUUUUUUAUUCCUCUCUUUUUAGUUAAUGUUACACUUUCUUUUUUUCUUUUGUAAAAGGAAACAUCAUGUAUUGUUGUCAUUUGGUUAUGUAAUGAAAUGGAAGUAAUUGAUUCUCACAUUGUGUUGCAUCAAAGAGAAAGAUGAGAUAGCUUUUAUUGCAACAAGUUUGCUUCCACCACAUCCACAUGUCCAAAGGCUUCGUCGUUGGAGAGGUGGAGGAAGAAGAAGAAAUAGUUUAGUGUUUAAGCUUUUCUCUAUGUCUCCAGACUUGGCUCGGACUCUCUAUAGCUUUCUCUUAUUCUUUCUCUCUACUCGAGCUUCUGCGUGUUUGUUCUGGAGAUGUAUUUGGAAUCGAGGACUUGAGGCUUCUGGGGUUGCUUAAUGAUUGCUUCAAGUGAAGACUGGCAAAAGAGUCUUUAGAGCUCUUGUGCACAAACUUUGAAAACUGAUGCUUACGGAGACUCCAUACCAAUCUUCUGCCAUUAUACCGUUGAAACAGCAUGACUGCAAGGAGUAAUGAGACUAUAAUCAUUUAUUUGUCAAACAAUCCAGUGUGAAAGUCAAGAACAAGUGUAAGAGAUUCUGGCUUCACAUUCAUACAUGCAGAAAUCAUAGUUGCUUCCCAAAAUUCAUCAGCACAAACGAAAAUAGAGAAAUUCAACGAAACUACAAAGCAAAAAGGUAAAAAUUUACAACAGAUCAUUGAGGACUCAAUUAAAAUUAGUGAAUCUCACUAGUUGGAACCAUAUAACACAUGAUUUUCUGGGAUUCAUUGUCGUCCCCUGAACAAGUGACUCCUAAUAAUUGAACCUCAACUAAACUACCUCGGAUCAUUAACUCAACCUCAACUAAACUACACAUGAUUUUCUGAUACACAUCUUUUUUUUUUUUUGAUCAAACAACAACUUUAUAAAUCAUUAGUCUCCAUAGCUGGAGAAAUUCUUUACAUCAUACAAUAACAAAGCCAAACCGGCUAAAACAUCUGCGGCUACCAUAGCAAAACAGAGCAAUAUGAUAUAACACCAUAGGAUAGGAGCAACAAUAACACAUAAACAGCACCUAAUGUCGCCGAGCAGUCCUCGAAACUCCACGCCAAUCGUGCUAAGAACUGUACUGAGGCUUUGGGAAUUAGAGAGCACAAGUACUGGUCUAACACCCGUGAUUGAAACCGUAACAGAAGCAGAUUUAACAAUCA